AUUUCUCAUCACUACCAAUCGGCCUUUCUACGCAUUUCGCGAGUGGCUGCUGCACGUUUUUUUAGUUUUCUGUUUUCUAUGGCUCAUCAUGAGACACAGGAGAAGUUGCAGUUCCACGAACUGGAGUUGGACCAGCGCAUACUCAAGGCAAUUGCGCAGCUCGGCUGGGUGCAGCCUACUUUGAUUCAGUCAACGGCCAUUCCACUGCUGCUCGAUGGCAACGAUGUGGUGGUGCGGGCGCGCACCGGUUCCGGCAAGACGGCUGCCUACGCACUUCCGCUAAUACAGAAGAUUCUUAACUCCAAGCUGAAUGCAAGCGAGCAGUGUGUGAGCGCCUUGGUGCUGGCGCCCACAAAGGAGCUGUGCCGGCAGUCGCGUCUGGUCGUCGAGCAGCUGGCCGAGUCGUGUGGCAAGGUUAUCCGUGUGGCGGACAUUGCCGGCAGCUCCAACGAUAUGGCAACACAGCGUCAUGCUCUCGCCGAGCGACCGGAUAUUGUGGUGGCGACACCCUCAAAAAUACUAGCACAUGUGGAAGCCGGCACGGGAAUCGUUGAUCUGCAACAGAUUGAAACGUUGGUAGUGGACGAGGCCGAUAUGAUAUUCGCCUUUGGCUAUGAGAAGGAUUUCAAGCGGCUAAUGAAGCAUUUGCCUCCCAUUUACCAAGCAAUUCUCGUCUCGGCGACCAUCACAGACGAUGUGGUGCGGAUGAAGGGCUUGUGCCUGAAAAAUGCCAUAACACUGAAGCUGGAAGAGCCAGAAUUGGUCUCCCUCGAACAGCUCACACAUCAGCGCAUCCUGGCCGAGGAGAACGACAAGCCGGCAAUAUUAUGCGCUUUGCUCAAGCUCACGCUCAUCCAGGGCAAGAGCAUUAUCUUUGUCAACACUGUGGAUCGCUGCUAUAAGGUUCGUCUGUUUCUGGAACAGUUUGGCAUACGCUCGUGCGUGCUCAACUCAGAGCUGCCGGCUAACAUGCGCAUUCACACCAUCAGCCAGUUUAAUCGUGGCACCUACGACAUCAUCAUUGCCUCCGAUGAGCAUAUACUGGAGAAGCCAGCGGGCAAAACACAACGCAAAUCCCAGCACAGUGAUCACGAGUCGAGCACAUCGCGUGGCAUCGAUUUUCAGGGUGUGAAUAAUGUUAUUAAUUUUGAUUUUCCACGAGAUGUCACGUCAUAUAUCCAUCGGGCUGGACGCACAGCUCGUGGCAAUAACAAGGGCUCUGUCUUGUCGUUUGUCAGCGUUAAGGAGUUGCCCAUCAAUCUGGCUGUUGAGGAGAAACUGCGCAGCACCUUCGGCCGGGAAACGUUACACAAAAAGGAUAACGCGGUAACGUUGCCGUCGUCGUCCAGUUCGGAUGAUAACAAGAAAGCGGAUAAUAGCAAAACAGUUGAGCAGCUAAAACGCUCCUUUGCCAACAGCCUGGAACGUCCGCAAGAGGAUAUCGUCGAUGAUAUCAUCAAAAUAUACCAAUUCAAAAUGGAGGAGGUGGAGGCGUUUCGAUAUCGCGCCCAGGAUUGCUGGCGUGCCGCUACCCGUGUCGCUGUGCACGAUACGCGGAUACGUGAGAUCAAGACAGAGAUUCUCAACUGUGAGAAGCUCAAGGGCUUCUUCGAGGAGAACAAACGCGAUCUGCAGGCGUUGCGCCACGACAAACCAUCGCGCACCAUCAAGGUGCAUUCACAUCUCGCCCAUGUUCCGGAAUACAUAUUGCCAAAGGCACUCAAGCGCGUUGCCAUCGGACCCCCACCCACGCAUACAGCCUACAAACAGGCGCGAACGACUGGUGCCAAGGCCGCCUUUCAGCGCCAGAGCAAUGAUCCCCUGAUGGUCAGCGAAGUGGACUAUGGCAAGCGACGUGGCAGGCCAAAGAGCAAACGGGCCAAAUGAGUUGUUCAUAUGUUUAUUUAUAGCGAAUAGUUACUAUCAGUUAUGAAAUUGGCUGGAUGAAGAAUAUGGGACAUCCAGCAUCUUUCAUUGUUUUAAAUAAUGUUUUUGUAUAUUAUGCAUUGCGCAUUCAUACAGACAGCUAAAUCAGGAUCAAGCAAAUAUAAACCUUUUUACUUA